AUGCUCGACAUUAGCCGAUACUUCUCGAUCCAGGUGUUCUUCAUCAUUCUCAGAGAAACCUUGGAAACAGCCAUCAUCAUCUCGGUUCUUCUUUCAUUCAUCAACAAAAGAGAGCCGGAGGGUGAUUCCGUGCAGGCACAGCAUCAAAGAGAGGCCAACAAAAAACUACGUCUUCAGGUGUUUGCGGGAGCUAUUGGUGGGUUUCUUAUCUGCCUCUUUGUAGGAAUAGUAUUUAUUCUAUGCUUCUACUUCAUCGAAACCGAUCUUUGGUCUUAUACCGAAAGGCUUUGGGAGGGACUUUUCUGUCUCUUGUCGGCGGUUAUCAUCACAGUGAUGGGCAUUGGACUUUUGCGUAUAAACAAGGUGAUGAAGGUGAAGUGGUGGAUUAAACUCGGAGACGCUUACACGAGCACCGAUAGUCAAAAGGACACUUUGGGAGAUUUGGCAACUGUAGAUAGUGUGAAUGCUAUGGGCGAACAGGCGUUGGAGAGUGAGGCCGCCAACACACUCAUCGAGAACGGCGAAGAGAACCAGUCAAGAACAUCUUUGCUGUCUUCGCACGCCCUUCUUACGGACAAUUCUGCUUCUAGGAAUGGCGAAGGUAAAAAGUUCCGCGAAAAGUACUUCUUGGCCAUUCUUCCUUUCGUCACUACCCUCCGUGAGGGUUUGGAAGCUGUGGUGUUUGUGGGUGGUGUGGGUAUGACACAGUCGCCUAGAUCGAUCCCACUUGCAAUUCUCGCGGGUGUUUCUUUGGGUUGCGCCAUUGGCUACUCCUUGUACAGAGGCGGUAACAAGUUGUCGCUUCAAUACUUCCUCAUAGCAUCGACAUGUUUCUUGUAUGUUGUCAGUGCUGGCCUCUUAAGCAGAGGUGUUUGGUUCUUGGAACUUGAGAGGUUUGUCCAGCUCUGUGGACUGACCGAUGUAGCCGAGGCGGGCUCCGGACCCGGAUCAUAUGAUAUCGCUAACUCUGUAUGGCACGUCAACUGCUGUGAUGGGCUUCACGAUGGGUGGUGGAUGGUUGCGAAUGCUCUUGUGGGCUGGACCAACUCUGCUACCUAUGGCAGUGUUCUUUCGUACAUUGGAUACUGGGCUUUUGUGUCCAUUUGGCUCCGCUUGAAGUUAUACGAGGAGCGCGUAGGGUACCUCCCAUUUCUCCCAUUGAAAUGGCAGAUGAAGCACAUCAAGAAAAAGAUCAAGCUCUACGAGGCACGUCUUGCUCAGGGCCAUGAUCUUGAGGGUGAACGUGAAGCUGAGGCCGAGUUGAUCCUUUAG